GCAUAUCCAUUGCCUUAUCGCUGCUAAGAAGGUCGCUCAGGCUACCAAGUCUGACUAUAUCCACUUCGAGAUUGAGGAAGCGGAUUCGGCUUUCUAUCUCACCACUAUGGAGCCUGAGAAGAUUGCCAUCACUGAUGCUAAGGUUGCUGAGUAUAUCAAUACUGCUAAGGACUGUGGUUACACUAUCACCUUCCUAAAGUCUGAGAAGGCUCCCAUGUGUGGAGGUAAGUUCCCUCUCGGCAUCUUUGUUGUUGAGAAGCAACAGUUCGAGUCGGGUGUUAAGUUUGAGGAUAUGAUGGAGAAGUCCGACAUUCAUCUCGUGGCUACCCCGGCGUUCCUUGAGGAGAGAUCUGAUGAAGUACAGAAGCUCUACCAGGAUCUUAUCGAUGAGACUAUGGCUACCCGCAAUACUGUUGUUAAGGUGUUCGAUGCUCCUGCCAACUUGGUUCAGAAGUCCGGCGCCCAAGUGUUGCAGUUUGCUGCCUUUGAUGUUGAUCGUACGGGCCGAGCCUACAUCUCUGAGAUCAACGAAUGCUUCCGUUCUCAUAACGUCGAACCCAAGAGAUUCUACGUGGACUCGUUCGCCAAUGGUAUCGUCACCUAUACUUGCUUCUUCGACCCCACUUUUCAGGGUGAGGCAUUGGAAAAGCUCGCGCAGACUCUCCGUUAUGUGAGUCAUUUUAAGCAUAACCCGAGGAAGUCCGGUUUGGUUUGGGAACUUGUGCUCAACAAUAAGAUCACACCCGAGCAUGCUAUCUUCCUUAUUACUGCUGCCAAGUUCAUCUUCUCAUUCUUCCCUAAGGAGACUGAGGAGUAUCUCGCUUUGGCCGACUAUUUCAAGAGUGACCCGUCCAAGAAGAGUGAGUUGGAUACUCUCUUCAGAGAUACCAUGGCUAAUGCUAUCACUUAUGAGAGGAUCUAUGAUGCUCUCACUUCCACUAUGAGCUACUCUACCUAU